AUGACCACGGCGACCUUUCCCGCGCAAGAGCUUUGUGUCGCGCUCGCGGCAUCCUCAGGCGAUGCCCAAUAUCCGUUUUCUCGUGCAUCCUGGUUGCUCUCCGUUGACCCAGUUCAGGCACAUCGCGACAACGGCGUUUCCUUCGCGAACCGCAUUUCCAAAAUUCUAAUACCCGUCCUGGAGGCUGCGCAGAAAGGACGCCUUCCCGCAAGGAAUUCAGAGCUGCAGAAACUUUUCCUGAGCAUGGACCGGACUGUUGGGCUUAUGCACGCUUUCGUGGAAAUCCCUCCACACUUUACUCCUAAGCGUAUCUGGGACUCUAAGCGUCUGACGAAGCAGUUGCAGAAGAACUGCAAAGCAAUCAUGAAGAUUGCAACAUCAAAUCCCACUGCGAAAUCCAACACCGGUACCAUAUUUGAGGCAGCAAAACUCAGUACCCAGAUCGCUGUUGCAGUCUGCGAUGUGCCAGUCUUGAACGCCUUCAAGCCAAUCCCGAAUCUCGUCGCACUCAUCCUCGACAAAGCACAAAUUGCCAAGGCGAAUAAGGACGCCGCCGUCGCGCUCGCCCAGCAUGCAGAAAAUGUUUCAAAAAGUCUACUGGAACAAGCUGUUUCUGGAGAGCCGCCAGCCGACGCGCUUCAAGUCCUUCACGGUGCUGUCGAAGAAGCUGUAUUGCUUCUUGAUGAUCUCUCCCAACGCCGCAAAUAUACCUCGUGGUUUUACGCUGCCCCAGACGGCGCGCGAUUUGCGAGCAUCAACGCAAAGCUAGACAAGGCGUUGGCGGUCUAUGCCGCUCGGGAGACCGUUAAGAUGAACAUUAUUCUUCGGAAUGUUCAAGAGACUACUUAUCAGUCAAUCAGAAUCACCCUUUUUUUUUAG